UAUUUGGCAAGGCAUCCGGGCAUCAGCAUCCGGUCAACCGAUUCCCAUUCGUCGCAAACUCCAGCGGGAUUCAAAAUGCCCUCACCGAGGACUAUCACCAUCGUGGCCCUCUCCUUCGCCCUCGGCUUGUUCUUCGUCUUCAUGGGGACCAUUAAGCUGACGCCGAGGCUCAGCAAAGACGCGUACAACGAGAUGAAACGGGCGUACAAGAGCUAUGCCAAAGCUCUGCCUGGCCUGAAAAAGAUCGGUGUGACCUCCGUGUUGCUCCGCAAGAUCAUCGGCUCCCUGGAGGUGGCCUGCGGCGUGGUCCUGACCCUGGUGCCGGGCAGGCCCAAGGAUGUAGCCAACUUUAUUUUGCUGCUGGUCAUGCUGGCCGUGCUGUUCUUCCACCAGCUGGUCGGCGACCCCCUCAAGCGCUACGCCCACGCGCUGGUCUUCGGCAUCCUGCUCACCUGCCGGCUGCUCAUAGCCCGGCAGAGCGACGAGCGACCGGAGAGGGAGGAGAGCAGGGAGGAGCAGCAGCCGCAACAUCAGCAGCAUGUCAAUGACCAGGAAAAGAACAAGGUCAAGCAGUCUUAAAAGCAUUUUUUAAUCCCCCUCCCAGCUACAGUGAAGCGAGUCCUUGAUAUCUUUAACACACAUACUUGGAACUGGUGGUUACUCAUCUCCUUGACUUCACUGUGGACAGUCAUCAGUGUGCAACUUUUGUUUUGUCCCAUUCCAAAAUUAACAUUCAGUCUCAGUGCUCCCCUGUUACAUUGUCGCUUUUUUAAGGGAUCAAGUUUUUACAGUGGUACCUGGACUUGAGAGCACCCCAACUUGCAGGUUUUCCAAGCCUUUGUUUGGUUGCGACACGAAAAAAAAUCAAUCAACUGGUUCAAUGGCAGCCAUUUUUAAUUUAGAGUUCUCGAGGCUAUUUACAGAAUUUGAGCAUUUUGACUGAUCUUUCAUGACCACAAAACUGUUUUACGUGACAAUACAAGUGACCAACCUACCUAAAGGCCACGGUUAGUUUCUAUCUUUUUACAGAGGCCAGUUUAACCAAAAGCACUGAUUUCCGACUAAAAACUGGAGAAAAUUUGAUUUUGUAAAACUAAUCUUGUCAAACAGAUAGUGACUUUGAUUCUAACAUUAUUUGCUUUUGUGACGACUUAAAACAUGAAGUAGGAACAUUUAAAUCAUAGCAAAAUAUAUAUUUUUUACAGCCAUAAAAAGUUUCUAAAAAAAAAGCCAUCAUUGUGGCAAUAUUUCAUAAAAAUGCUGAGACUGAUAGGCCUGGCUACUUACACCUGAGCACAAAAUACCAAAAUCGGCUGUUGAAAAUUAAGUCUUUCUGUUGAUGCGCAAAAUACCCUUUUUUCGUGGAACAUUUGUGAUGUCAUCUUUGCAAAAUCUGAUCAAAAAAUGCCUUCAAAUUAGAGUAAAACUGUAUAUCUUGACAAUUUAUCAUCAUAUCGCCUGGACCAUUUUGUUUUGCCAGUUCUUUGGAGAACUUCUUCUCUGAUAUCCAAUAAGUGCAUAUGGGCCGAAAUUCUGAGGGGUUCUCAAAGUUGAUGAUUCAAAGUAACGGUAACAUUUUAAAUGACGUCAUUUAAAAACUUAGCGUGUAAGGAGCAAAUGAAGCCUUCUUUUUGAGAAGAGCAGUGUGGUCAGUAGAAGACUUCUCAUUCCCACUUAUUCAUAAUGGAGUGUGUUAAAACACAUUGGCUUGAUUUUUGGUUGCACAAGAUUUAAAGGUGUUAAACUGACAUUUGUUCAUUUUUGACGAAAACGCGGGAAAAUUACACCUGUUCAUCUCAUUUUAAAUCAUGUGCAACCGAUGAACAUUUCUGAAUUAGGUAAAUCCAAAUGAUUCUGUUUCAAUGCACUGUGAUUUUAUUUUUUAUUUUUUUCAUUUAUUUAUUUGUUAAUAGUCAAUUAAAAAUCCAAAAGAGAUGUCUUUAGCGUGUUGCUGGGAGGGUACAUGCUUAGCAAAUAAUUGACAGCACCCUUUGGUCACUCCUUCAGUCUCUCCAGGCGCAGUAAAACAAUAACAGAAAAUCAAAUGUACGUGGAGGCAUUGGAUGGGGUCAGAGAAGGAUGAUUUCUCCAAAGAUUAUUUAAAAAAUAAUCUACUGCAAGGUCAUGUGUACAGUUACAAACUAUGUGACAUUUUUUUUAACUGCAAACUCCAUAUUGUGUGUGGGUGGAGGGGGGUGGGGGUAUAUUUGUUUUUUAUUGUAGAGCCAUUUGACGUGCUCAUUCCAUGUUGACUUGUCAGUCACAUUGCUAAUACAAUACAAUACAAUACAAUACUUAAUACAACUUAAAACAUUUUUUUAUUCUUUGGCUUUUGACCCAACAUCUGACUGACAUUGCUUUAUUGCUUCCUGCGUCUACUACAUAUGUUAGUGUCAUAAUUUGUUUUUGAAACAUUUUGCUUAAAAAAAAAAAAAAUCAUACAACUAUGAAAUGUGCUGUGAGAAACGCUGACUUACUGCAUGGCUCGAGUCAAACAUCAGUGGCUUUUUAAAUGCCAUUUGCAAUUUACUUCAUGAACUGCAUCAUCUUUUUUGAUUUUCCAAAAUGUUGCCAUUUCUUUCCCCAUAAUCGAUGUGACAAGAAGAGAUUCACAAUUUAAUCUUUAUCCUUUGCUCAAAAGCUGUGCCCACCUAAAAUCCAAAGUGAUGCUACACCGCCGUCUACACAGAUCUACUGUUUGUCAUUACAGUGAUUUCAAAUAUGAAUUUAACAGACAAGCUGCGUUGGACCCUCUAACAAAUCUUCAAGUUGAAAAAACAUUCAAAUACAAGUACAACUGUAGUAAUAUAAACAUCCACAGCUGUGAAGGUGUUAAGCACGUGGUAUAUGGGCAAGGAGAGACAUAGUUGUUGGCGCACUUUCAUCCAUUUAUUGAAUGGGACAAAACUGUCAAACACAUGAAUCCAUAAUGAGAACACUCACAAGGAGGGACCUCAACCCCUGAUGUCACCCCACCCUUGCAAAAAAACAACAACGUGAUGUAGCUGGGAACUUUAAUUUACUUAAAAUUGUACUUUUUCAGAGUGAAUCGUGUGCCUCUUUAGUUGAACUCAAAGGUACUAUUCCGUUGUUUGUUUGGCAACAGUGGUUGGGAAUCACUGAAUAAGAGCAUGUUUCUCUCAAUGGGCUUUUCAGGUCAUGAAAGGAUUUUCCUAAAUGAACAUCAAAUCAUUCAUGACACAUCCACAACCACCAAUCCAAUAUCCAAGAAAUAUCUUCAGCAUUAAACAUAAACUUUAGGCUUAUUAUUCUCCCUUCUCGCCACCUUUUUAGUAUUCACAGACCCGUGCAUGUUACUAAAUGUAAAUGCCCCAGAAUAACCCAUUUAUCCUGUUACAACCCUAUUUUUUAUUUAUUAUAGGUUGCAAAUGGAAAUGUGUGAACUUGUUCUUUAUAAUAGGAGUAUUGCAUCGGGAUUUUUUGUUUUAGAAAUGUAUCUAAAAUGUUGAAAUAAAAACCCUGAUUCCA